CGGGACCGACGGGAGGGCGGGACCGGGCCUGCGCGCGGCGCCGGGCGGAGCUGCCCUGGAACUUGCAGCCCACCCUGGCCCAGUCCGGGCGUGGCUGGCCGGACGAGCCAUGCACGCGGGGAGAGACGGGCUCUUGGCCGCGGGGAUUCUCGGUGUGGCCUGUCUGGUGCUCCAUUUGGACUUCAUCAGCUGUGUUUCCCAGCCGAUAUACGGAACUGUAAACAUGAGCGUAACUUUGUACACAUCGGGCUCUAUACCCAUUAAAGAGAUAAUGUGGAGAAAAAAAAAAGAUAAAGUCGUAGAAUGGGAUGAAGAAUUCUUAAAGCCCAGAGCAUACCCACCGUUUGUAGAUAGGGUUCAUCUGGACGUCACAUCAGGAAACCUUACCAUCUUCAAUCUAACAUCAUCGGAUGAAGAGGACUAUGAAGUCGAACUUUCAAGCAUUACCGAUACCAAGUUCACCCUUUACGUGAUUGAGCCUCUUCCAUUUCCAACACUAAAUUGCACAUUCACUGCCGAAAACAUUAUAGUCCGCUGCAGGAUCCCGGAAACCUACAGCAGCCAUAUAAACCUUAUAAAGUACUCCUGGAAUUGCUUCUCGGAACAGUGUCAAAAUAGCACCAAUUCAUCUGAAGUUUCUAUUAAGAGGGAGAGUGAUCUCUCACAGGAAAUACAGUGUAUCAUCAGUAAUCCGUUGUCCAAACAGGCAUCAUCACUGGUUUUAGCAACCUGUGUCCCAGAUAAUUCAAGGCACAGGUUUGUGAUUAUAACAGCAGUGUUAUUUGUGGUGAUACUGGCAGUGUUUGUAUUGCUGUAUAGAAGAGAUUUUGUGAAACGUGGUGGAGAAAGAGACAGAACUGAGAAAGAAGCCAUAAAUGACAGGAAUUCUGACCCCAGGAGCCGGUUGCACCCCGCCCCAUAGCAGAGGAACCAAACAGGGCUCUUGUUUGGCUCCAGCUGACUGGUGCUUCAAGAUCAAACCAAGUGUACAGUAACUAAGUUAUUUAAGUAACGAAAAGCCAUCUGGCUUACCAUUGAAGUUUGACAUCAUUUUCGAGGAAAUUGUGGAAUCCUAACCUGAA